UUUAUACAGCUCAAAAUAACUUGGGACCUGUGCGCUGACAAAUGCUCUGGCUCCGGUGGUGACAGGUUGUCCAGCUUCUUACAGCCAUCUUCACUAAAACUAAGGUUAACGGCUCACUCUCUAUGGACGGCCGCUCUCUGCAUCCAGGGGCGUGAAGAAUUUCCCUUCUCUCCUGUGCUUUCAUCUGAAAGUUCUCCUUGGAUAAUUAUCAUCGCAGUGGAGUGCCUGGCUUGGACAUCUUCAUCUGGGUCAACUAAAAAAAGAAAGCAUGCAAGACGACAGCCUAGAAGCUUCCACCUCCAUAUCCCAACUGCUGCGGGAAAGCUACCUGGCGGAGACCAGGCACGGCGGGCAGGGCGAGCGCAGCCGCGCCGAGCCGUCCGCCUGCGCCCCGCUUCCCGGGGGGCCGCCCGGGGCUGCGGAGGGCGGCGACCCGCGCUGCGAGGAGCCGCUGGGGCGCGCGCCCCGCUUCGCGCAGAAGCUGCGGAGCAGGGAAGUGCCUGAAGGGUCCCGCGUGCAGCUGGACUGCGUAGUGGUAGGAAUCCCGCCGCCUCAAGUCAGGUGGUAUUGUGAAGGCAAGGAACUUGAAAAUUCCCCAGACAUUCAGAUCAUCCAGGCAGGAAACCUCCACUCACUGACCAUCGCUGAAGCCUUUGAAGAGGACACAGGGCGCUAUUCUUGCUUUGCGUCUAACAUCUAUGGGACAGACUCAACUUCCGCUGAGAUUUAUAUAGAAGGAGUUUCUUCUUCUGACUCAGAAGGGGACCCUAACAAGGACGAGAUGAACCGAAUCCAGAAGCCAAACGAGGUGUCCCUGCCUCCCACUACUUCUGCAGCCAUUCCUCCAGCGGCACCCCCAGCCCCGCAUUUGGUGGCCCAGCCCAGAGUGACAACCAUCCAGCAGUGCCAGAGUCCGACCAACUAUUUGCAAGGAUUGGAUGGAAAACCUAUCAUUGCAGCUCCUGUGUUUACAAAGAUGCUACAGAAUUUGUCAGCCUCUGAGGGCCAGCUGGUUGUCUUUGAAUGCAGAGUAAAAGGUGCUCCAUCCCCUAAAGUUGAGUGGUAUAGGGAAGGGACCUUAAUAGAAGAUUCUCCAGAUUUUAGGAUUUUACAAAAAAAACCUCGGUCCAUGGCAGAACCAGAGGAGAUCUGCACCUUGGUCAUUGCGGAGGUGUUUGCGGAGGAUUCGGGCUGCUUCACGUGUACCGCGAGCAACAAGUACGGCACGGUGUCCAGCGUCGCACGCCUGGACGUGAGAGGGAAUGAAGACCUCAGCAACAACGGGGCUCUGCACCCAGCCAACUCCACCAGCAACCUGGCCACUAGUGAGCCUCAGGCAGCCCUACCCAGCCCCGAGCCUCCCUCUGCAGAGCAGCCCCCCAAACCCAAGCUCGAAGGGGUCCUGGUGAACCACAACGAGCCUCGCUCCAGCUCCAGGGCCGGGCUGCGUGUGCACUUCAACCUUCCUGAAGACGACAAGGGAAGCGAAGCGUCCUCCGAGGGGAACGUGGCGACCGCCUCCCAGACCAGGCCUGACUGCUUCCCGGAGAGGUUCAACGGGCAGGCAGUGAAAAGCCCGGAGCCGUCCUCCCCUGUCAAGGAGCCCCCUCCAGUGCUGGCCAAGCCCAAACUCUCGGUGCUGCCGGCCCUGCCCGCCACGCCGCCCACCAACGCCAUGGGGCUGCCGAGGAGCGCGCCGGCCGGGCCGUCGCAGGGACUAAUGAAGAAAAACACAAAGUCUUCCCAACCAGUGAGUGACGAUUACAUUCGUGAAACCAAGAACGCGGUGAUUCUGGACCUGGGAAAGAAAAUGAGUUUCAGUGACGCCAGAUCGAACCAGCAGGAAUACAAAAUUUCAAGCUUCGAACAGAGGCUGAUGAACGAAAUAGAGUUUCGCUUGGAACGUACACCUGUUGAUGAAUCAGAUGAUGAAAUCCAGCAUGAUGAGAUUCCCACGGGCAAGUGUAUUGCUCCCAUCUUUGACAAAAGACUCAAGCACUUCCGGGUUACAGAAGGCUCGCCAGUCACGUUUACCUGCAAAAUCGUUGGGAUACCUGUUCCAAAGGGGAGAAUUAGCUGUUCUGGCCACUUGAUGGUGCAGGGAAUGCCCAUUCGCAGUCGACUAACUGCUGCUGGUCAGUCUCACAGGGCAAGGUCCAGACUGCAAGAAAGAGACAGAGAGCCCCUUCAGGAGCGCUUCUUCCGGCCCCACUUCCUGCAGGCCCCUGGGGACAUGGUAGCUCACGAGGGCCGCCUCUGCCGCCUGGACUGCAAGGUGAGUGGCUUACCGCCCCCAGAGCUGACGUGGCUGCUCAAUGGCCAACCUGUGCUACCAGAUGCCUCCCACAAGAUGCUGGUCAGGGAGACGGGGGUGCACUCGCUGCUCAUCGAUCCCCUCACCCAGCGCGAUGCGGGCACCUACACGUGCGUGGCUACCAACAAAACCGGGCAGAAUUCCUUUAGUCUGGAGCUCACUGUGGUCGCCAAGGAAGUGAAGAAAGCGCCCGUGAUCCUGGAGAAACUGCAGAACAGCGGCGUCCCCGAGGGCCACCCGGUGCGGCUGGAGUGCCGCGUGAUCGGCAUGCCCCCGCCCGUGUUCUACUGGAAGAAGGACAAUGAGACCAUCCCCUUCACCCGGGAGAGGGUCAGCAUGCACCAGGACACAACAGGGUACGUCUGUCUGCUCAUCCAGCCAGCCAAGAAAUCAGAUGCCGGAUGGUACACGUUGUCAGCCAAGAACGAGGCUGGCAUCGUGUCCUGCACCGCUAGGCUGGAUAUAUAUGCUCAGUGGCACCAGCAGAUCCCGCCGCCCAUGUCCGUCCGGCCCAGCGGCAGUCGCUAUGGGUCUCUCACCGGGAAAGGACUUGACAUUUUCUCUGCCUUUUCGUCUGUGGAAAGCACAGUGCUGUACUCGUGCUCUUCUAGUGUGGUGGAGAGCGACGAACUCUAAGGCCGCCUGGUGCCCGCUGUGGAAGGGGGUGGACUGUGGAAGGGAAGGACGACCGGAUGCGGAGGUUUCCGAGCCGUUGGACUCGAGCGGGUCCCCACGCUGCCGGACUGGGCGGGCAGGGCUUUGGGUAAGGUGGCGGGGUCUCUUGCACCCUCCCUGCAGGAUGGCUGUAGGGCCGUGCCUCUGACAGAUUCCGACGAAAGUGUGGGCCGACCACACAGAUGAACCGCAGAUGUCAGACUCCUGCCACCCCUGCUGUGAGGGGAAGCAGGAACGGCCCCCUGGCCCGGCAGUGGUAAGGGUGCUCAUGCUCUGCCAGGAGCACUGAGGGGCAUGUGUCUGGGCAGAGACGAGCCAGACAGCGUGACCUUAGCACAAAACUAAUUCACCCAACAGUGCAAAGGAAAAAGCGGCGCAGUCACUGUCACCUUCUCUGAUUACACCUGUGGCAGCAGCUCUGGUGACUUCAUCACAUCAGCUUCCACUUAGCAUUAGGAGAUCAUGCCACUACGGUCAUACGCAUGGGGUAGCACUUCUGAUUUGCAUAUCCUGGGUGUGCAGAGCCACAUAAUAAGGUGCCAAAACGCUUGAGAUACAAAAAAAAAAUCACUGAAACACUCAGUAUUAUAGCACAGUGUACCUACUGUGUGGUCAACGCAGACCCCCCCCAGCCUCUGCUUCUGCACCAUUUUCCUUUGGAUGGUGACUGGUUUUUCUUCUUUCUAAUUUUGGGUAACCCUAGACUCCAGAACUAAAGAGUUGUUAAUAAAUCAAUCAGAAAAAAACCUUCUGCGGAGUCACUUAAAAUUACCAGCUUCGGUUGCCACUGGCAAAAUGGGCAAGAGUCAUGACCACCUGUGAUAGAAUGCGCCCCAGCUUCUCCUGCCCUCCCCAGAGCCUGGCUGUGCAGAAGGCAGGAAGGGAGAGGUGCGUCAAGGCGGGGUGAUGGAGACGCUGAUUUUCACUUCCCGCAGCAGAGUGGUGGUUGUGGAAAGAGGAGGCCUUAAUAGCUGCCAACUGCUUUGAGAUCAUUGACCGAACUGCAUUUUCUACGUAGAAAGGAAUAUGCUAGCUGGGAAGGUGGAGGGGAAGGGGACAAGCUUCUUCCGUCGGACCGACCUACUCAAAACCCGCCUCUCAAGGAAUUUUAGACUCCAGUUCGUGCCGGUGUCCUUAGUGCCUAGGAGAGUACCCAGCACAAAGCAGCCACUCAGGAAAUACUUGCUGGGAGAGUGAAUGUUACGUUAGACAGAAAUCGUCAAGUCCCACACCAGCCCAGACGCUGCACCGGCCGCAGUCAUCGCAGCAUGGUUUGCUCCAGGCUCACGGGGGAAAUGGCUAAGGUCCUGCUACCAGUUUCCUCUGCUCGGAUCCCUGGCGUUCUGUGUGCCAGGCCCCCUCAGCUGGCAUCUUACAUAAGCAGGUGGCUUAGAGAUAGUAAAUGCUUGCAGAGGCUUGAAAAUAGUUUGUUUCAAGGCAAGGGUUUCCAAUAUAAAAAUAAAAUCAUUCAUUCAAAAAAAA